UUGACAACGAUCCGUCCAAAGCAUCAGUAUGCCGGAAUCUGCUGCGCCAUUGUCUCCGAUCGGUCAAGGCGAUGCCAAGCGAUUAAAGUCUUUCGACAGCGGUGUGCCGAUCGAGUACCAUGUCAUUCUCUUCUACAAGUACGUGGAGGUGCCUGACCCGACCGCCGAAAAGACGGCCCAGCAUGACAAGUGUGUGGAGCUGGGUCUGCUCGGCCGUUCGCUCGUGAGCGAAGAAGGCAUCAACGCGACGUUUGCCGGGUCGUUGGAAGACAUCAACAAAUACGUCGAGUACAUGUGCGCCCAUCCUGUGUUCUCGAUGACGACAGAGGAUUUCAAGCGCAGCAUGGUCGUGUCAACUCCACCGUUCAGCGAACUCGUCAUCAAGUACGUCAAGGAAAUCGUGAGCACGGGCGGAGCCGUUGCCCCGCCUCCUGUCACGAUGACAGAUGAGGAGCGAGGGUACUUGACGCCGCAGCAAUUCCACGCCGCGAUGGCUGCGAAGGAUGCCAACACAGUUGUGCUCGACGUCCGCGCUCAUAAAGAAUUCCUUGUCGGCCACUUUCAGGACGCAUUGGAUCCCCAGGUGAAGAACUUUUCCGAGUAUUAUACAUUCCUGGACCACCACAUCCCGAAAUUCAAAGAGAACAAGCCCAAGGUCCUCAUGUACUGCACGGGCGGCAUCCGCUGUGAGAAGGCGUCGCAGUUUCUGCGCAGCCGCGGUGUCACGGAUGUGCAUCAUUUGAAGGGUGGUAUCCACAAGUACUUGGAGCAGUUUCCUGACGGUGGGUUCUUCAAGGGCAAGAACUUUAUCUUUGACAAGCGAGUCCUCAUGGGCCCCGAACAAAGCGACGUCGUCGGGACGUGCAUUGAAUGCAAGGCGUCGUACGAUACCUUCAACGGUGGCAAAGUGUGCUCGGUGUGCCGCGAUUUGCUGCUGGUGUGCGACUCGUGCUACGCCGCGCGCCACGGCGAAGUCCACUGCGGCGACCACCAAUACCUGAAGAACUGCUACUUUACCUUUAUCCAGUACUUUACGGCGGCUGAACUGGAGGCCCAAGUGGCGGGCCUUGAACAAGUGUACACGGCACUUCUAGACGAACCCGACCUGGCCAAGCGGAGUAAGAACAAACGUCGCACCGUUCGCAAGCAAAUCGAAAAGGUCAAAGCGCGUUUGGAAGCUGUUCAAGCCGACCCGGCCGUCGUCGAGACGCGUCGAGGAUUCCACUGCCGCACGUGUGGCAGUACGUCGUGCACGGGCAACUGCUGGGGGUUUUGGAACGAAGUGCAAUAGAAAGAGCUCAAUCCAGGGCACAUUCCAGCUAUAUCUCCAACCAGAAGAUUUGGGUCGGUUCAACUCGACUUUGGCCGAGAACUUUUCAUUGUCGGUGCUGCUGCUACAAACUUUUUUUAUCAGUGGUGUGCACCGUUUCGUGACAGCAGUGUGCCAUGAAGGGGGAUAUGGUUCUUCAUGGUGGCGGUCCAAACAGCAAAUAGUGCAUUGCGUUUACUUCGUAUUCGAUUGUGGGGGAACGUGUUGAAGGAAGCGCUGCGGCGCCGAGCGUUGGAGACAAGGAUGAAUGAUGCACGGGGGGUUUCGCAGGGGAUGUCGGGAAAUGGGAAGGGCUCAUGGGAGGCGAAGUCACUCGAAGAUCGUUGCCGAAGAAGUGCGGUGAUGGCGCGUUCGCUUGAGGGGCGGUGGUGGAGUAUUCUUUCACGCUUGAUCGGUGCUUCAAAUGCAUAUUGGACGUCAACGGACUGGUGGGGCUGCUAAAUGUUGGACUCAUGGGAGGGCUGAACAAUGGAGUGGUGGGUGCCGCCAUGGGCACGGAGAUCGGAGGCGAAAGAAAAGGGGAGGGUGGUUGGGUUGGAGCAAUAGUUUCGAAAUCAUUUUGAGAAGGCGCAGUAGCCUCUGGCACAUAGCUCGAGGGCGCCGUCGCCGCUGUCGCGGAGUCAUGCUGGCGCGAUUGUUGCGAAUGCGGAACGGAUGGCUCCGAGACAGGUAAUGAUGCUUGAACCUGCGACACGGAUGGCUCCAAGACUGGUGAUGAUGCUUGAACCUGCGGCUGCGGUGGAAGUGGGCUUUGCGCGGUUGCGGCUGGCUGGGUCUCCGUUGUCGAUGCUGGCACAAGCGAAUCCUGUGUAGUUGAUGUGUUGAUAGUUUGUAUAGACGGUAUUUCGCCCUGGAUUGGAAUACUACUCGAUGAGGCUGGCUGCAGUCCAACGCUUGAGGGAAAGUCGCCUUUGGUCGUGGUGGGAACGUCAUGAGCUGCCGUGUUUGCUGGCGAUUGUUGUUGCGACGGCUGAAGUUGGAUUUGUCUACCAUCACCGCUUGGAAUGACUGAUGCUGAGUCCGGAAGGGGACGAUCCGAGCCUGCCUGGGGUUCCAAGGCAACCAAAUUUGCUGGCUUCUCGAGUAUUCCCAGUUCUGUCGACCCCAUCUUUGUAGCAGUCCCAGGUGCACCCACGCCGCCCUUUGUCUGGAUUUCGUCAGUGCUUCCGCUGGUCUUGACUGGAACUUGGGCAUUCAGCUGUGCUAUUGGACUGGCACUGUUUGCAUUGGCUAGCGAAGCAGGAGCAGUUGGUUCAUCAACUGGCAUGGUGCUUUCGUCCCCGGCAUGAUGGUCAAACUCGAGCUCGUCUUCAAGGUUUUCCGUGCCGUGAUCGACUUCGUGAUUGUUAAUCUCGCGUGUGGAGUCAGUGUUUGUACCGAAGCCUCCUUUCUCCAUGUCUGUGGCGACGGGAAUUCCUGAGACGUCGUCCAUGUCAUCGUGGCUCCACUGGGAUGGCAGCGGAGCCACCGGGGGUGUCAAGCGUUCUUGUUUACUUGGAAGCUUCUUGCACUUCUCGCCGCGGAGAUGUCGACUUUGUGUGAGUAGGUCUGCUUGGCCACGCAUUUCAGGCUUUGCAUUAUUUUCUGGGUUGGUUGGCCCUUUCUUAGCUUGAAGGAAUUGUGGAGGAGACUGACGAGCUUGCGAGGGUUGUCGUGAUUGACGCGCGUCGUCUUUGAAUUCGGGAAGGCUUUCUGUGGUGUCGGGUACAUCGUCCAAGCGUUCGUCGGCAGGGCUCCCUUCAGCCAUGUACUGCAGCAAAUGCAGUGUCGUCGCGGGUUUCAACUCCAUCUGCAGUUUGCAUUCUGCGUCAAUGUGCCCUUUGGCAUGUUGCGGUAUUUGUUUCGUUUCGAUGCUUUUGGACAGCUCCUCUUCAAAGGGCAACGUGGCACGCGGCGGAGGCAUAUCCACGGGUGCAACAAGUGGCAAGUCGUCCGAGUCGGUCGCGGCGUCCGUUUUCGUCUUUUGUGGAGGCAUGACCUUUGGGAUGUCUAUCGGUGGCGGGCGUGGGGACUGCUUGAGUGGUGGCGACGGCAACUUUUCUUGUUGUGGCUGAGGCGACAGUGGAGGAUUCGCGAGUUUCUCGUUCUCGCGGUCUGUCUGGCUAAGUUGUUGUCGGUAUUUCAAGCGAAGAUAAAUCUUUUGCAUAUCGUUGGCGAGACGCUUAAUGGCCGCGACAUCGGUCGCAACAGAAUUGGCCUUGAUGAGAUCGCUCUCUGUUUGAGCUUGAUUGUCCCCGUCGUCAUCGCCGUCGUCGUCACUGCUUUCAUCGGCACUGCUGCUGUCUACAGCUGACGACUCGGAAACGUCAUCGCUGCCGCUGCUCUCACCACUGCUCGCCACGUCGCUUUCGUCCUCGGCUGCGCUCAUCUCUGGCUGUUUUUCGAACAAACCUUACGUUCCUACGUAUGGGGCAACAGUUACAAGCCAACUUUUCAGUCUCGCC